UCCAGAUGAUGUAGUGCAGAUGGUUAUGGAUGGCGGUUUAAAAACCUUUAUUAUUUUGUGGUUUAUUUUAGUUUAACGAACAUUUUAUGAUGUUUCAAUAACAUAUGCCGCAAUGGCUGUACCUUGUGAAAUGUUAUUACACCCAGAACUCCUUAGCAAUGAGCAGUUAAUACUCAUUAUUCAGGAGCGACAUUUACGGAUGCCCGAUAUGGAGAGACUACCAAGAGACGAAUUAUUAGAAAUAUUUCAUCAUUAUUGUGUUCCAUACGGUCAAAGAAAAUACCGCGAUUCAGGAAGAGGCAGAAUACUAAAUAAAACCCGUCAAACUAGUCCUGAUCCUAAAACAAAAUUGAAUUCUCAAAUUAAUAGCCAAAGUAGGAAAUUAAUGCACCCAUGGCCGUCUGAGAGAUUAAAGCCACCCCCUGAGGUUAUGUCUGGACAUUGCAAGAUGAUAAAAUUGGAGGCAAAAUUUAGUUCGACGACUAUCAACAAUGACAGCAGUAAAAGGAAAUCAUCAAUAGAAUCUGCAUUUCCAAGAAAUGAGAGUCCACCCACCAAAAAAGUGAGAAAUCCAAUAACGUGGCCCUAAUUUAUGAUUUAGUUUUAUUUGUUAGACAGGCCAAAAUGGUAUCCUUAAGAAAUAUCAAAAAAUUACGCAAAAGUUGGGACAAAAAAACCAAACUUGGAACCUAUUUGUUUGGUCUGGUAAAGUUAUCAGUUAUUUUUAAGUAGCCAUAGAUUCAUAAAAAUAAUUAAAUAGAAGAAAUGACAUAGAUUUGAUUAGAUGUUUUUGCACAAAUUAACUACCAUGUACCAUAGUAUAAUUUAGUUAUACUUUAUCAUAGUUUAAUGUUAACAAUUAUGGUGAAAAGUUCAAUUUGUCAUAAAUAUUAACAUGGUGCAUUAUAAUCUCCAUAAUAAAAAUAAACUGAAAUGAGCCUCAGAAAGUGUCAAAACACCUUUUGCCUGGACAUAAGAAUAAGAUCAUAUUUCCACUUUUGAAACUACUUUUGAGCUAAAUGUAAUAUUUUAUUACAUUAUACAUACAUUUAAUCAAGUCUAUAGUGGGGUAGAUAGAACUGACAGUUUUGAAAAGACUUAUAAGCCACAUUCAGCUGUUUGGCUUAAUGAUAGAACUGAGAUUCAAAUAGUCACAGGUUGUAGCUCUAAAAGAGGAAAUUCAAUUUUGUAAGUCUAUCUCUUAGACCCCUUCAUGAGAAAGAGAUGGAGUGGUCCUAUUUUUUUUUAUUGUUGCCGAGAACCACACUGUAAUAUUAUAUUUUAUUGGUAAUAAUUUUUAUGAAUUUGAAACAGUAUGAUUUUGUCACAAUGAAACAUGACAACACACAAUGAUAUAUAUAAAUAUACAAUUGAAUCAGUGUAAUACAUGUAUUUUUUUUGUAAAUAAUAUUUUAUAAGUUAUUAGGUAUUGUCUAAGAUUUUUGUGAUGUGUUAGUUUGUAAAUAUGUCCAUAGAGCAUGGUUACAUUUUGCUGUCGAUAAUAUUUGAUUCACAGCAAUGACAUUUUAGGUAUAUGUUACAAAACAUGUGCAUACUCAAAGUAUGCUUUUUCUUCUAAAUAUGUAUAGCAUCUUGUACUGUAAAUUAUGUUAGUUUGUCUAAAAUCAUAGAUGGACCUGGGGCGCUCCACAAGGAUGUCACUGGGACAAACGUCGAUAGACAGAUGAAUAAUUUUAUCAAAUUAUAAUAAUCCAUACAGCCUUCCCCUGAAAAGCAAAAUUAUCACUUUGUAUUUUAUUGCUCUGUGCCUUCCUCGAAUUUACGUUGAAACUAUUUUGGUUAUUUAAAGUAGGUACUAUAAGUAAAACUUUUUAAUAUGACAAGGCUCAAUGUAUCUGUAGUUGAAUCAACGAUCAAAAAAAAACAUUUUU